AUGACCUCGAUGGAAUCUAUUGGAGGUGUCAUCGCCAUUGCACAGGCGAUAGUAGGGACCUGCAAAGCUAUCGACAUUUGUGUAACGGCAAUCAAGGACUCACACGAAACACUCCGAAGAUGGAACACCAUGAUCACGACAAUUCGUCAGACAUCGCUGCAGUUUGAAGCUGUACUACUAGAGCGAAAGGCCUCUCAUCCAACCGAGGACUCUCUAGAAGGCACGCACUAUGGAGUCCUCGGCUCACAUCUCGAUCAGUUCAAUCGUGACCUUCGGAAGCUCGAAAGGAAUAUCUCAAAGGCCAAUCUUGCUAGUCCAGGUUCGAGUUCAAGGGUGUCUUUGAGGAGCAAAGUCAAACUUGCUUACACCAUGGACUGGAGAGAGAAUGAGCAGCUCUUCAAAUGGAUAGAUCGUCAUGUCAAUCUACUGCAGAUCAACACGGAUCUCAUAAGAGGUGUUAACGAAGAUGACAUGAACCAAGUUCAGCGGGCCCUAGGGACUGGCCAUGACAGUUGGAAACCCGCUCCCGCACCCGAGCUUCUCGACGAACCCCAAGCUGAGCUUAAGGAUUGGUUGGCGUCUGCCGAAGGAUUCGUCAGACAUAUUGCCCUUCGUGAUUUCGACCCAUCAGAUAGUGACACAUUGACACCUAACGAAACCGACUGGGACCUGAUGCACGACACAGCUGAUACAAUCAACAUCAAUACCGUCAGCCUGAUGGAACAGGAAUACCGGCUGCAUGCCACGAUGCAACACGUUGACCAUCUCAACGCCUCGAAUAUCCCUGUUAUCGCAUCAAACGUUCAGUUGGAAGUUAUUCGGCUAUCACAUGAGCUGAGUAAAGCGAAGGGGGUCACCCUGACCUUGAAGGAGCGAUUCCGUCUUCAAGAACGAUAUGUCACUCUUCUUCUGAAGUCAACAGAAAGGCAUCACGUGUUUGGUAUCAGAGCACAAGAGUACCUAAGAGGCCAGAUCAUUCCCAACAUCAAUAGCGAAGAUGCUGAGCUCAGGGAUAUAUGGCUGAGCGUCGGCAAGAUGUAUUAUGCUUUGAAGGUCUGGGGUCCAGCAACAGAAUGGCUUCGACUUGCCUUAUUACAUGGCUAUGUCCGACACAGUAGAGACGUCAAUCAAUCUGAGAUUGAAGAAAUCUCAAAGCUCAUCUGCCAAGUCUACGAAAAGGAAGGUCACCCUGAGUAUGCAAUUGCUCUGAGGCAAGUUCUCGAGCAUCAAAUAGGGUAUGAUCCGACAAAGAUUCCCGGUGAUCUCGAGAAGGCCGUCGAAUGGUGCAACCUGAAAGGGUUUGACGUACUGAUUGAAGGGGAUCAGCUGGUAUUUGCACAUCGACUGAACGCCAAGCGUAACAGUGCUUUGCACGAAGCUGCCCUGGAUACAAAGAUUGACGUGAAGAUACUGUCAAAGCUGAUCAUAAACGAUCUCCUUGCUGUUAGGAACGCGAGCGAAGAUACAGCACUUCUCUUAGCUAUCGACAAGUCCAACACGGCAGUCAUAACAACUCUUCUGACCAUACCGUCUCUAUUGCAUGUUCGGGACAAGGAAGGUCGUACACCGCUUCACAGAUGUCAUGAUCACAAGACAUUGAGUCUACUUCUCGAUGCUCUGAACUUAUCUACACAUCGCUCAAGCCUUACACACGUUGAGCCCAACAGUCAUGAUGCUUCAUCCCUUAUCGACAUCAACUCUCAGGAUGCUUGUGGUCGAACAGCUUUAUUCAUGGCAUGUCACCAGGGCAACUGGAAGAUGCUAAAGAAACUCAUCGAAGCAGGUGCCGAUGUCAGAAUGUCAGACAAAACAGGCGUAUGCCCUCUCUUAGCUUGCUCAGCUUCUCCCAGCAUCUCAUUCGCAAAGAGAGAAGAGAUGAUACUACGCCUGCGUUCCAGAGACGUAGACCCAGACCAGGAGGAUAUUGAUGGUAAUACUGCGCGGAAAGAACUUGGGCGGCUUUACUCAUCAAGUAAGAAGGCUAAUAGGUUCCUGUCCCUAGAUCCUUCAGUAGAGUUGGAGAGGAUGGAGAAGAAAUCUAGAGCUGAAAGGAGAGAGAGUAACGCCACUGCUAGCACGACGAGAAGCGUGUUUUCACUAGGACGAAUAUUUAGUUGGGAGACGCGGAGCUCGUCGCCGUUAAGUUGA